CUCUAUUUAGCUACUAGCUAUGCGAGCAGGUAACCAAUAACAACUGCAGCUGCUACUUAGCUCCAGAUAGCUGGAUGAAUUAUGUGUAGUGACUGUACACUCAAAGGUCAUACUAUUCCGGGAUAAUGUUCAGUGAAGUCUAAGGUGGAGAUGGGAGCUUAAAACCUGUCAACUGAACAACGUCCAUCAGUGGAUCAUGUGCAGCUGACUACAGUAUCACCCAAACUCCAGAAGUACAGCUCUGUGCUAGAAACCGACAGUAUUCCCGUCUUGACAGAUGGUCUGACAUGGAUGUCGUCGACAGCCCCGUUACCCUUGUCAUCAAGGCACCCAACCAGAAGUACGAUGACCAGACCAUCAACUGCUUUCUGAACUGGACUGUAGAGAAACUCAAAACCCAUCUCUCCAAUGUGUACCCCAGUAAACCUAGCUCCAAAGACCAGAGGCUGGUGUAUUCUGGAAAGCUUCUACUGGAUCACCUGACACUGAAAGAUGUGCUCAGAAAGCACGAUGAGUACCACAUGGUUCACCUGGUGUGUGCCUACCGAAGCCCCCCUGGGUCCCCCCAGCGCCCCAGUGGCCCCCGUAACAAGCCCCCCCAGGACUCCCCCUCCAGCAGCACCAUUAAUCAGAGUGCCCGAGGAUCCUCCCCCAGCCAGGAGAGCCAAUCAGCUUCUACAGGAGAGAGCAGCGACGGUCUAAGACACCGGGCCGGCCCAGCCCCCGGCCCCGCUCCCCCCUACCCCGGCCACCCAGCUUUCAUGCCAGGAUACAUGUGGAGCCAUCCAGGCCCUACAUCCUACACGCCACCCUACCCCACCUUCAACCCCACCUUCAACCCCAUGACCUUACUGUGGUGGCAACAGGUCUAUGCCCGGCAGUACCUCAUGCACUACCAGGCGAUGGCUACCUCAUCUCACCAUCUCAGGCCGACUUCUGAUUCGCUGUCGGCCCAGCCCCGCCAAUCAGAUCCUCCGAACAGGCCUCCCCAGGAGGAGCGAGGCGUGGCCGACCCGGACGUGCAGAUGAAUGCUCAGGGAGGGGAGAUGCUGAACGACGAGGAGCACAACCGUGAUUGGCUGGACUGGGUGUACGCGGUGUCGCGCGCCGCCAUCCUGCUCAGCGUGGUGUACUUCUACUCCUCCUUCAGCCGCUUCGUCAUGGUGAUGGGUGCCAUGGUGCUGCUCUACCUGCACCAGGCAGGUUGGUUUCCCUUCAACCUAGAGAACGAGCUGCAGAACCCUGGUGAAGGCCAGCACCAGGACGAGAUGGAAGCAGAACUCCACCACGACCUCCAGGAGAUGGAGCGGGUCAUGGAUGAGGGCGUGGGGGAGGAUGACGGGGAGAGUGGGGAGGAAGGCCCGGAGGAUCCCAACGGCCUCAUCCACGCGGGCUUCCUCUCCUCCACCUGGUCCUUCAUCAUCACCUUCUUCAUGUCUCUCAUCCCUGAGGGGCCUGCCAACGCUGCCAACUGAACCAGGAAGUCCCCUGCAGCGAGACGCAACGCAUUGGGGCUGACCAGGGAGGGAUAUCACACACACUACACACACACACCGAAUCACGUUCACUGGAGUCGGGGGGGGGGGGGGGAACACACUGCAGGUGUGUCAGUUUUUCGUCUGAAGUCAACUGUGGGACAGCAGGGCGGGCGAAGCCGCUUUUGUUCGUAGCAGUCCUCUCCUGGCUGUCGAUGUAGAAUAGGAAAUGGCUGUCGCGAAUGUGUCCUUGACGAUAUGGGACAGGUUGACCUGUUUGUAAUAUAGUUCAUGUUUAAUACCAACCCAUUAUGAGAAGAUUCCACUCUGUCAGAAUAAGUAUGUUUUGUCUUUAUCUAAUACUGUUGAAACUAAAUAUUAAUGGAAUAUUGAACUUGACAACUAGUUGAUAUUAAACUAGUUACUUCCAUUUAAACACUUCAUCCAAGCAGUUUUGAAUUAAACAGAUUUUAACAUCCUUGUGUGUUGUUAGUGAACAACCAGCAGAGAUGUAGUUUCUCAAUGUAUUGCAAACACAGCAUCAGUGACCGUAGCAGCCAUAAGCUACGCAGUAUUAAGCUGCAGUACCUACAAUCACACAGUAGAGGACGCUACUUGAACUUCACAGCGGUACAUCGAGAAACAGCCAAAUGACAGCGUCGUACUAAACCGUUAAAGAUUCUAAUUCCAAUGACGAGCAAAUAAAAAAAUUGACGAAUUUAA